AUACGUCCAUAUCCUUAACACGCUUCAACACUGUCUUAAUUUUCCCGUUUUACAAAAAGUUCAUCUGAACCAACUAAUCACUUGCCAAACAAUAUUUCCCGAACUUCCUCCCGUGACAGGGGCUCUCCAACUUUUGGGUUCAGUUGUUUCGCUUUAUAAUUGAUGAGAACACCUGUUUGACCCUGACACGUGAUAUAAUCCAAACACUGAAGGUUAUCCUCGCUCACAAAGUGUGUCGGCAUCACUACAACCACUAAAAAUGGCAGAUAAGGUUCUAACCAUGGAUUCGGUGAAUCCCCAUAUAAGGGAAAUGGAAUACGCUGUUAGGGGCCCUAUAGUUGCUAGAGCCACAGAAUUGGAGAAGGAGCUAACUAAAGGAGCCAACAAGCCGUUCACAUCUGUGAUGAAAGCCAAUAUCGGCGACUGUCAUGCAACUGGCCAAACACCAAUCACCUUCAUCCGCCAGGUAGUGUCACUGUGUGCCUAUCCAGAAAUGAUGGACACCUGCGGAUUUCCAGACGAUGUCAAGCAAAGAGCGCAGAGGUUGCUGGGCGGCUGUAAGGGGGGCAGUAUCGGAUCAUACUCUGCCAGUCCAGGAAUAGAUGUUAUAAGAGAAGACAUUGCUAAGUAUAUAUCUGAUAGAGAUGGAAUUCUGAGCAAUUCAGAGGACAUCAUGUUGUGCACAGGUGCUAGUGAUGGGAUUAAGACAAUCCUGGCCAUGUUGAUGACGGGGAAGUUGGGGAAGGAUCGGGCCGGUAUUUUGAUUCCCGUACCCCAGUACCCACUGUACUCUGCCACGCUUACUGAAUUUAAUGCCUAUCCAAUCCCAUAUUAUAUGGACGAGGAAAAUCACUGGGGACUGGAUGUGAAGGAGUUAAAACGUGCUAUAAAUGAAGCUAAGCCAAACUGUGUUCCUCGAGCCAUCUGUGUAAUUAAUCCAGGAAAUCCCACAGGACAAGUUCUGACCAGACAGAACAUUGAGGAUGUUAUCAAGUUUGCUAAGGCGGAGAAGUUGAUGAUACUCGCUGAUGAAGUCUACCAACACAACAUAUGGGGAGAGGGUUGUAAGUUCUUUUCGUUCAAAAAGGUGCUGUCAGAAAUGGGCUCGGACUACAAGACAUUGGAGCUUGCUUCUUUCAUGUCUGCAUCUAAAGGGUUCAUGGGAGAAUGUGGUUCUCGUGGAGGGUAUGCAGAGGUGGUUAAUCUCCUCCCUGACGUCAAAGCUUGCCUCAUGAAGUCCAUCUCGGCGAAACUCUGUCCACCAAUUGUAGGACAAAUUGUGAUAGAUUGCAUUGUAAAUCCUCCUAAACCAGGAGAUACGUCGUAUGAAAAAUUCAAGCAAGAGAAAGACAAUGUUUUAGCCCUCCUAAAGAAAAAAGCAAAUAUGGUCACCAGCCUGUUUAACUCUAUUGAAGGCAUUAAAUGUAAUGAGGUCCAGGGUGCAAUGUAUGCAUUCCCCAGAAUCUUUCUACCUCCAGCGGCAAUAGAAGAGGCCAAGAAAAGAAAGCAGACCCCAGAUGCCUUCUACUGCUUCCAGUUGCUGGAGACGACGGGGAUAUGUGUUGUACCAGGGAGUGGAUUCGGAGAGAAGGAAGGGACUUUCCACUUCAGGAUAACGAUACUUCCACGAAUAGAGGAAAUGACAGCGGCUCUGGAGCAGUUUAAAGAAUUUCACCUGGCUUUCCUAGCACGCUACAAGAACUAACAGAGCUUUUACUUGGAAUGUUAACCUCCACAUGGUUGAUAGAAUGUGAUUGUUCUGGCAGUUCAAGGAGUAUUGAUUAAAUUAUCAUAUUACCAUGCAUGAAAAUUAUUUAAUUACUGUUGUUCCAAAUGUUGUGCCUACAUUUCUAUUGAAGUUGUGUCCUUUCAAAUGGCGUUUUUAAAAAGUACAGUGAAAUGAAAUUGUUGUGUUUUAUAAAACACUGUGUUUUCACAUCAUCAUUUUUCAUGUUUCGUCUUGACUAUAGUUUGUUGAAUUUUCAUAUAAAAAGUUUAUGAAUAGGAUAGCAAAUAUAAAUGUAGAGAGCCUGAAACUGAGUUUUCUCUUUGAUUUUCCAAAAGUGUUAUUAUAUAAUGUUAGUCCAUUUCACAAUCAAAAUUGAAAAAGUCAAGAUAAUCUUGAAUUUCAUAUUAUUCCCUUUGUAUAUAGUAAUAUCUUAUUUGUAUUUAUUCUGUUAAUAUUAUCCUCAGUUAUAUAUUUGUAUAUAACUUGACAAUAAUUAGUCUUUAUUGUCAGUCCUGUGAAUAUUACACUUUUCAUUUUGCUCCACAAUUUUGAUAGUCGUUACUCCAUGAGUGACACACAGUAUGUCAAACCGAGUGAAAUGAAAGGUCCAAUUUCCUGUUUUAUUUUUCUUUCCUACAUGUAAUUGUGUGUGUGUGUGUGUGUAUAAUAUGUAAACCAACAACACCCUACUUUCUCUUAUGAUCUAAAAAGAUAAAUAUAUAAAAGCACUGGAAAGGGCAUGACACAGUCUCUUGAUGAAGAUGUGAUGCAGCUUUCGUAAAAAAAAUUGUCAUGAGGGUUAAAUAACCAACAGUGUCUUGGUCUUUCCAGUGUUUACAGGGAUUUGAGGUACUGUAGUUGGUGUGUAACCUAUUUAUGAUAUCAAAGGAAUGAUAUAUUCACCCGUCUGUACACUGUUAGUUAUAAUAAUAUGUGUGUCACUUCCUUUGAAUGUUUUAAGUAUGAAUUUUGAUUUAUAAACAGUUCCACAUAAACUGGCAUUAUUCUCAAUCUAAUUGAGUUUUCAGUACAAUAUUUAAAAAAAAAAAAAUGGUACAUGUAGAAUGUUAGUCUGUGGUCAGAGUUUGUUGUACAGUCACACUGCCCCGUGUUAUUGCAAAGGACUUGGACUUUAUACAUACAAAACAGACUAUUAUAAAUUGUUAGUAUAGUUAGAGACUAUUUCCAGGAACAUGGAACACCUUGCCUUAUCUGACGCUUUUUAUAUAGUGAAAAGGUUUAGAUUAAUAAUGUAACAUAAACUGAAAGUUCAUGUAACUAAAUUUUAUUUUGGUGAAAUAUUAUUCCAUGGUUUGUAUUAUUAUGGAAAUGAGUUGGACAAUGUUUAUUGUGCUUAGACUUGAGAAAAUCAGUGCCAUAUUGUUUCACAUAUUUUUUAUUGUUAUGGUCUAAGUCUAGAGAAGCUUAUUGGAUGCUAUAAUUAAUGUUUGUGCUGCUAGUUUUUGAUUAAUUUCAAAGAGACUGUACAUAUAAAGACUAAGAAACAUUUA